GCUGCAAAAUUUUCUCCGGUCGCUUGACUUCGUGUUCUGAUUCGAACAAAUUCGAUAAUUUUUGUUACUUGUCUCAAAUUUAUUUUCGUAAUUUGUGUUGAGUGACAUCUUCCAUGGCAAUCGAUUGUUUCGUACUCGGUGCUGGACAAGAGAUUGGAAAGAGCUGCGUAGUGGUGACGAUUAACGGUAAAAGGAUAAUGUUUGAUUGUGGGAUGCAUAUGGGCUGCGAUGAUCACAAUCGAUACCCAGAUUUUUCUCUCCUCUCUAAAUCCGGUGAUUUUGAUAACGUCAUCUCUUGUAUCAUCGUCACUCAUUUUCAUAUGGAUCAUGUUGGAGCGCUUCCUUACUUCACGGAGGUUUGUGGGUACAAUGGGCCAAUUUAUAUGUCGUAUCCCACAAAGGCUUUGUCUCCAUUAAUGCUUGAGGAUUACCGAAGAGUAAUGGUGGAUAGAAGAGGCGAGGAGGAGCUAUUCACCACUACCCAUAUAACAAACUGCAUGAAGAAAGUAAUCGCAAUAGAUUUGAAGCAAACAAUUCAGGUUGAUGAAGAUCUUCAAAUCCGUGCCUAUUAUGCAGGGCAUGUCCUUGGAGCAGUGAUGAUUUAUGCAAAAGUGGGAGAUGCAGCAAUUUUGUACACUGGAGAUUACAAUAUGACAACAGAUAGACAUCUAGGAGCAGCUAAAAUUGACAGACUCCAGUUGGAUCUUCUCAUAUCAGAGUACGGGAAACAAAUACAAAGUUGUUCACUGGUUCAUAAAUGUGUUGCUGGCGGAGGGAAGGCACUAAUUCCUUCAUUUGCUCUUGGAAGGGCUCAGGAACUUUGCAUGCUGCUUGAUGAUUACUGGGAGCGUAUGAAUAUAAAGGUUCCAAUUUACUUCUCAUCAGGUUUGACCAUCCAAGCAAAUAUGUAUUACAAAAUGCUCAUCAGCUGGACAAGCCAGAACGUUAAAGAAAAGCACAAUACGCAUAACCCAUUUGAUUUUAAGAAUGUUAAAGAUUUUGAUCGGUCUCUUAUACAUGCUCCUGGGCCAUGUGUUCUCUUUGCCACACCUGGUAUGCUUUGUGCUGGCUUCUCACUUGAAGUGUUCAAGCACUGGGCUCCGUCUCCCUUGAAUCUUGUUGCCUUGCCCGGAUACUCUGUAGCUGGGACCGUUGGGCACAAACUGAUGGCCGGUAAACCCACGACGGUUGACCUCUACAAUGGCACCAAGGUUGAUGUCCGUUGCAAGAUACAUCAAGUGGCUUUCAGUCCUCACACGGAUGCAAAAGGAAUAAUGGAUCUCACAAAGUUUCUUUCCCCAAAGAACGUUGUACUCGUGCACGGCGAAAAACCAAGCAUGAUGAUUCUUAAGGAUAAGAUAACCUCAGAGCUUGACAUCCCCUGUUUUGUUCCUGCCAAUGGUGAAACAGUUUCAGUAGCUUCAACCACUUUUGUAAAAGCAAACGCUUCUGAUAUGUUCCUUAAAAGCUGCUCCAGCCCGAAUUUCAAAUUCUCAAACUCUACUCAGCUCCGUGUUACAGACCAGAGAACUGCAGACGGGGUUUUGGUAAUAGAGAAGAGCAAAAAGGCGAAGAUUGUUCACCAAGAUGAAGUCUCUGAGUUGUUACAUGAGAAAAACCAUGUGGUCUCUUUAGCUUACUGUUGUCCAGUGAAAGUUAAGGGAGAAUCAGAUAACGAUGCUGAUCUGAUCAAACAAUUGUCUUCAAAGAUCUUGAAGACAGUGUCUGGUGCUCAGAUUCAUGAAGAUGAAAACAGUUUGCAGGUUGGAUCUUUUAAGGGGUCUUUGUGUCUGAAAGAGAAGUGUAUGCAUCGAACAGAGAUAAGCAGUUGUAGUGAAGCUGUGUUCUUGUGUUGUAACUGGUCUGUUGCAGAUUUAGAGCUUGGCUGGGAAAUCAUCAGUGUAAUGAAACUAAAUCUGUCGUUUUCUAGAGGAGGAGAGAGAGAGAGAGAGAGAGAAGAAACUCAAUUCUCUUCGUUGGUUCCGUAUCAGAAGAUACUGAUGUCAUCGACUUCUUCAGACUCCACGGCGGCGCGUGAUCAACAUGUGCCACUACUCCGCCCGCGUCGCGAAGGCUCUUCUCCUUCAUCAGCCAGACCUACAGCUCUCGCCGUUCUAUUGGGACGGAUCACCGGCCACCGUGCACCGUCGAUGCUUGUGAGAGAGACGGCGGCGCGUGCUCUGGAGGAGAGACGAAUCGAUUGGGGUUACUCGAAACCUGUAGUUGCUGCUGAUAUACUCUGGAACGCUGCUCUUGUGCUUGCGUCGGCGGUUAUGCUUGUCGGUACAGUCGAAGAAAGACCUAACGAGCCGAUCAGGGUUUGGAUCUGUGGGUAUGGGUUACAGUGUUUGAUCCAUGUGGUUUUGGUUUGGUCUGAGUAUUGGAGGAGAAACACGACGCGUAGAGCUAGGGAUUUGGAGUCUGGAGAUAGUGCCGCCGCCGAUCAUGAAGAUCACAGUGAGUAUGAUCAUGAAGAAGAAGACAGUGACAAUUCAACAACUUACAGCUUUGCUAAAAGAUGUGAGUCUAUAAACACUGUGGUAUCAUUUGUAUGGUGGAUCAUUGGAUUCUACUGGGUUGUUGAAGGUGGUGAUAAGCUUUUAGGAGAAGCUCCUAAUCUUUACUGGUUGUCGGUGACUUUUCUGGCGAUUGAUGUCUUCUUCGCCAUUUUCUGUAUUGUUUUGGCUUGCCUUGUUGGAAUAGCUCUCUGUUGCUGUCUUCCCUGCAUCAUCGCCCUUCUUUACGCCGUUGCAGGAACGGAAGGAGUAUCAGAGACUGAGCUGGGUGUUCUUCCCCUUUACAAAUUUAAGGCUUUCCAUACCAACGAGAAGAACAUUGCCGGACCUGGCAAAAUGGUUCCUAUACCGACCAAAGGACUAUGCUUAGCAACUGAAAGAACACUACUUGCUGAGGAUGCGGACUGUUGCAUAUGUCUGAACUCAUAUGAGGAUGGUGCAGAGCUUCAUGCUCUUCCUUGUAACCACCAUUUUCACUCGACGUGUAUUGUGAAAUGGCUUAAGAUGAGAGCAACAUGUCCUCUCUGCAAAUACAACAUCCUUAAAGGAACAACUGACCCCAACUAAGAAGAGGGAGUAAUAUUCUGCACAUAUGGAUACAGAUUCCAUUUCCUCAAUUAAAAAACAGUACUGUAUAUAUUUAUAUAUAACUAUCAAAAUCAUGUAUCUUUUGUUAAAAGCAUCCAUUUUUAAAUGUAAAAGAUGGUAAUUUAUUUACAAAUGCCCUUUACUACAUUUUCCCA